GCUUAGUUGCUUGGAAAAAGUAUUGCAUUUGCUGAAUGCUACUCAUUUGGAGCUGCUGCUUCAUUGGUACCGGAGGUUAAUCGAUUAUGACAUGGAUGGCUGAUUGAGGAGAGGCAGAGGGAUGGAUGGGUGGACGGAGAGCAGUGGACAGCCAAGUAAAUGAGCACCUGGAAUUGAAGAAAGAAGUCAAACUAUAUAUAUCAGGUGAAACUCCAAAGGAAAACUACCAGAAGCAUAUUUCUUCUUUCAAGCAAAUUUUCCUUUUCUUGUAUGAAGUUGGAGAGAGGAUAAGCUUUUCUAAUACUGUGCUGCAAAAAUAAACCCCUGGAGAAAUGGGUUCAACCAGCGCUCCAAAAGGAUGCGGUUCUAACAUCAGCUCCAUAUAUUACAACCUGUGUGACCUGACCACGCUGUGGGGUGUCGUGGUCGAGGCUGUGUCUGCUGCUGGUGUGAUGACCUCCUUUAUUCUGUUUAUCAUUCUCAUGGCAUCGUUACCAUUUGUCACGGACAAGAAGAGAAAGGGUAUGGUUGCUCUACAGGCCAGCAUUUUAGUCUUCACAUUAGGACUCUUCGGGCUCACCUUUGCCUUUAUCGUGGACCAGUACUCUACAAGCUGUGCUGCUCGGAGGUUCUUGUUUGGAGUGCUGUUCUCAGGCUGCCUGGCCUGCUUGGUGAUGCAUGCGCUUUGGCUUUCCCUGCUGAAACGAAGUGGACGAGGGCCGAGGAGCUGGCUGUUAUGGCUGGGAGCUCUGAGUCUCUGGCUCGUUGAGGUCAUCAUCAACACCGAAUGGCUUGUCCUCACCGUGGUCUGGAGCCCACCUGGAGAAAUAGUGGUCCCUGACCUCUCUUGCAGCAUUGCCAACAAGGACUUUGUACUGUCCCUCAUUUAUGUAAUGGUUCUGAUGGUUGGUGUCGUUCUUCUGGCUUUCCCCUCAUUAUCACACAAGCACCAGCAAUGGCGCCGAGAUGGUGCUUUCAUCCUGGCCACGGGAGUCUUUACCAUAGCUAUCUGGGUAGUCUGGAUCACCAUGUACAUCCACGGAAACAGAGUGGCUGGUAAUCCCAGCUGGGAUGAUCCCACCCUGGCUGUAACUGUGGCAUUAAAUGCCUGGGUGUUCCUCGCCUUCUACAUAAUUCCAGAAAUCUGCCUUCUGACGACACAAGAAGACCCAGACCUCGAGGAGCCCCAUGAUGGAGAGCAUGUUUAUCCCGCCAGGAGCCUCACGUACGACUCCACACUGAAGGAGCCGGAGCCAGAGUCGGAGCCGGAGCCAGUGCCCCAGAACCUGUACAUAGAGAAUAAGUUUUUCAGUAUGGAUGAAACACCAGAAGCAGAACCGGCAAACUCAACGUCUCCAUAUGGCAUCUACAAUGGUCAGCUUCGAAGCGGUGUGUACCAGCCAACAGAAAUAGCGCUCAUCACCAAAGGUCUCACAAUGAUGAACCAAGGCUUGAUGAUACCUCGGGCCAGAACCCCAUCUUUGAAUCCGGGGAGUGGAGCCAGGUCCUUGUCUCGUUCACAGGAAUCUUUAGCUUCCCAGUGACUAUCAUAGAGUUUAUGCUUUUUUUUUUUCCCUUCAAAAGAUGCUUUUUAAUAUUAAGGCAACACUCAGAAGGAUAAUAACUGGUGUUUUCUAUCCAGCAGUAUAAGAGAGACAGUGACUGAAGAUUAUUCACGACUAGAUGCAUGAAACAAAUAUUUACAUAUGCAAAUAUUGUACCUUUUAUAUCCGUAGAUGUUCUGUGAGACAAAAAUAGUUCUCCAGGCUAUGAAGAGUACCAGGCAGAAACACCUAGCCUCGCUCGCUGAACAUUUUCUUUACCUACAGUUGAAACCAGACAUUUACAUAUAUGAAUAAAAAGACACAAACACAUUUUUUACGUCCGAAAUUAAAUCAGGUCAAUCUCCUCGUUUUAGCAGGUGGAAGGAAACCCAAAAUGUUUCAUCCAAAUCAUAUAUUAAAAAAUGCAGUUUCUCUAAUACUGACCAAAUG